AUGUUCACUGCAUGGUUUGAUGCUAACAGCAAAUACAGCGAGGCAAGAAAUUUGACUUACGCUGAAAUGCCAACAAAAUUUGUAUGGAAAAAAGAUAAGAGAGAGUGGCAUCCAAGGCAAAGGAAGUUUGCAAUUGGUCGUAUUUUUUAUGUUCCGCCAAAUAGCGGAGAAAUCUUCUAUCUUAGAUGUUUACUAAAUAUUGUGCGUGGACCAAGAUCCUUUGGUGAAAUUAAAUAUUUUGAGGGGGUGCAAUAUACUUCAUUUAGAGAUGCCUGUUAUGCACAUGGUUUAAUCGAGGAUGAUAAAGAGUAUGUUGACGCGAUCAGUGAAGCAGCGAUAUGGUCCUCAGCACAUUCUUUACGUAAAUUGUUUGUAACUUUAUUGACAUCAAAUUCAAUGGCAAAACCAGAAAAAGUAUGGGAUAUUGUUUGGAAAUACCUAGCUGAUGAUGUUGAGUUCAAUGCUAAAAUAAAUACAAGUAAUCCAGAAGAAAAUGGGGCACUCAUGGAAGUGGAGAAGUUGUUGAAUACUUGGAACUGGUCUCUAAGUGAUUAUCCACCAAUGUCGAUGCCAGUGGGAAGUCAUGAAUACUAUUUCGGUAAUCGGUUGUUAUACGAAAAAUUGGCGUACGACAAAGAAGCGUUAAAGCUAGAACAUGAAUCACUGUUUUCUAAACUAACUGAUGAACAAUUACUCAUAUACAACAAAGUGAUGGUGGAUGUUGAAUCUAAUAAAGGUGGUUUGUUCUUUGUUUAUGGAUAUGGUGGAACUGGCAAUACAUUUUUAUGGAGGACACUGUCGGCUACUUUAAGGUCAAAGAGAGAAGUUGUUUUGAAUGUAACAUCAAGCGGUAUAGCCUCACUACUUUUACCGGGUGGAAGGACUGCACACUCAAGGUUUCCUAUCCCCAUUGCAGUGAAUGAAAACGCAACUUGCAACAUUAGCCAAGGUAGUCCACUUGCUGAAUUGAUUAUAAAAGCUAGGUUAAUCAUAGGGGAUGAAGCUCCGAUGAUGCACAAGCAUUGUUUUGAAGCACUAGAUCGGACGAUGAGAGACAUUGCGAUUCACCAAUCCAAAAAGCUUAGAAAUGUUUUUUGGUGGAAAAACAGUUGUACUUGGAGUACUACGCUUAACAAAGAAUCUGAGGUUGCGUGGUAUUCAAGUGCAGAAGAAGUUGAAAAGUUAGACAGUUUUGCAAAAUGGAUUGCUGAUCUAGGAGAUGGAAAUUUAGGAGAAGAAAAGAAUGGUAUCUUCAAUAUAAGGAUUCCAGAUAAUUUUGUUCUAAGAAAUGAAGUUGACCCCAUAGCAAAAAUUGUCCAAAGCACAUUUCCUUUGUACGGUCAGGGUCAACUAGAUCAUAAACAUUUGGAGUCUCGAGCUAUAUUAGCUCCAACAUUAGAUGUUGUGGACAAGGUGAAUGAAUACAUGAACAGUAUGAAUGAGGCAACUUCCAAGACAUAUUUGAGUUGUGAUUCGGUUUGCAAGUCAGAUACAAAUGCUGAUAUGUUAUCGGAGGUUCACACUACAGAGUUCCUUAACAGUUUGAGAUGCUCCGGUGUUCCAAACUAUUCUUUAACAUUAAAGUUUGGAUCGCUAAUUAUGCUGCUCAGAAAUAUAGACCACUCCUUGGGAUUGUGCAAUGGUACAAGGUUGAUCAUUACACAAUUAGGAAACCAUGUGAUUGAAGCUCAAAUUCUAUGUGGCAACAAUGUAGGCACCAGGGUACUAAUACCACGAUUGGGAUUAACUCCUUCUGACCUAAGACUACCGUUUAAAUUUCAGAGAAAGCAAUUUCCAAUAAUGUUGUCAUAUGCUAUGACAAUAAACAAGAGUCAAGGACAAACUUUAUCUAAUGUCGGACUACUAUUAAAGAAACCCGUGUUUAACCAUGGAUAG